AUGGUGCAACCAAAUCAUGGAGCUUCUGUUCCCGACAUUGUCGCCAUCGGCAGCGAACAGGAGAAUGUGACCCAGUGGCAAGAGCAACGUGGAAUCAAAAAGCAGAACCAGAUUCGUCUGGUCAAGCUAGCACAUAUGCGAUACCAACACCCUGAUUUGGAUCAGAUUACGACCUUUCUCGAAGACUUCGGCAUGACGGUCGCCAAGAGAACGGAAGAUCAGAUCUGGUAUCGAGGUUAUGGAGAGGAUCAGUAUGUGUACUACGCUCGCAAGGGGCCCAAGGAGUAUCUCGGAGGUACAUUUGCCGUGGAAACAUACCAAGAUCUAGAGAAGUAUGUAGCUCUCAUCUUUCUGCAUCGCACAGCUAACGAAGAUUUUGGUAGGGCUGCAAAGCUUCCAACAGCCAGUAAAAUUCGGGACCUAUCCGAUGCUCCUGGUGGCGGCUAUAUGGUGACAUUGACAGACCCUGAAGGGUUUCCAGUCAACUUGAUAUUCGGACAGGAAAAGGCCGAGCGGGGAAAAUAUCCAGAGAAACUUACCGUCAAUUAUGAAGAGGAAAAGCCUCGUAUUCGGAGGUUCCAGCGGUUCCAACCUGGUCCUGCAGCUGUGCACAAGCUGGGACACUUUGGAGUUUGCACCCAGAAAUUCACCGAUUUAGUCGACUUCUACACCUCGAACUUCAACAUCGUGCCGACUGACUUCCUCUACGUGGAAAAUGAUGGCCAGAAGAAGAACGUCGCGCUUUUCGCUCACAUUGAUCGCGGUAGUGAUUAUGUUGAUCACCACAGCUUCUUCAUAAGCACGAAUGCUACAACGCAUGUUCAUCACUGCUCAUUCGAGGUUCAUGACUUUGACACUCAGAAGCUUGGACAUCAGUGGCUUGCCGACAAGAAAUAUCAAUCUGUGUGGGGCGUUGGCAGACAUAUUCUUGGGUCGCAGAUCUUUGAUUACUGGUGGGAUACUACUGGUAAUAUGAUUGAGCAUUAUGCGGAUGGUGAUCUGGUUAAUGACCAGACACCUAUUGGUUAUGGUCCGGCGGGGGAUGAGUCUCUAGCGGUUUGGGGACCUGAAGUUCCAUCUUGGUUUUUGAAAUAG